AAAGUGUGUGAUUUGUGUUCUCAGCUGUGCUCAAAAUAGGCCGUUCUUUUCUGACGCGUAGGUGGAUUUACAGUCCUCCAAAGUGCAACCUCUAUCUUGAUUCGAUUCUUAAAAACCGGGCAGUCGGGUCUUCCCAGUGAGUGAAACCACAUAAAAACCCCGGUCAUUCAGCACGGUGCCGUUUGCGAAGCAAGAUCAUCCCCGUGCGUUUGGGCCGCUGCCAGUCACAGAGCCAGUCGGCGCGAGAAGCUUGUUGAAUAACCCUUCGCAUGGUUUAGUGUUAGUGUGUGUGUGUGUGUUUCUGUAUGUUAGUCAACAAAGCAGAAUUCGUUUACUCCAUCAGUUUAGUAAACGCAACAAUGGUACCAGCAGUUCCAUCCAUCGGAUAACCGCCAGUCGUGACCGUUGUGAAUUGUCAUUAUCCCAGUGGAUGCAUCGGGGAGAGGCCAAAGUUCGGUCAGGCCUUGAGCUUCAACCUCAGAUUAGAAAAGUUAGCCUCGUCCAGUGACUGUCUAUUGUGUCGGUUGUGCAGCACUACUUUGGCUUGAUGAAUUCAAAUUGAAAAUUAUUCUCAUCAUCCAAUUGUUCCUUGUGCGGUGCAAAAUCUCGAAUGGAGUGACAGAAGAAGGAAAAGUGACACGAAUUGCGCCAGAAGAGGCGGAAAUACCUCCAGCGAGUGAGAAAGGGUGGUGAAGACGCACGCCCGCCAGCAGUGACCAACCUCGACUCGGGUGGGAAAAGUAAUACGGAAACCACAUUGCGGAAAGUGCUUCGUGAUAUUGUGCGACGAAGAAGGAAGUCUUGGCACACCAGAAGUGCUGACAAUUGAGAUUGUUUGCUUUUCAACAGUAUUUUCUUUGUAUUUUGCCAAGCCACCGUUAGAAAUAACGUGAGAAGUUAGGGAGUGUGCCUUUCGUGUGAGAGCGAAGUUAAUAUCGUUGUCCGUCCAGCUCGAGUCUACAUCCUUUCCUGCUGAUAAGAAGAAAGAUAUUAAUGUGGAGAUAAAAGAGUGCGAUAAGGCAAAAAGUGUGGUGACAAGUGUCAGUUUGGAGAAGGAAAAAAAAAGUGUAUCAGUGUAAGAAAGGUUCCGCCUCAAGUGGGGAGCUCUUUACCGUAGUGCACAGCAUUUCGACAGCGAAUGUGAGAAAAAUACACAACAUAUGUAGGAAGUAUAUUUGAUAGCCACUCGUGUAUGGAUGAAAGGAGGCGAAAAGUUUGAGCAGUGAAUUGUAGUGGAAAAAUCUACCUUCUCUUGUCAGAAAGGAUUAUUUCCGUUCGUAAUUCUGUCCAGCCCAGCCCCGGCACGGUAAACAUCAAGGCACUAGCAGCUGUGUGAAAGGCAUCAUUCUACUUUUAGUUCAGCUGUUGAUAUAACGACGACGUUACGUUCUGGGACAGCAACGGCAGCUACGUCAAGGUGUGAUUUCUUGGAAUAUCGCUCUUUAUAUUUGGGUGCAAAACCCACACGCUCGAUUCAACAGGCUAGUACGACUGCUACUGUACUGCGGUACACAGGUCAAUAAAAGGCGACCAACAGAAGUUCGCAGCGGAAAAUUUCGCUUGUAACCGUAAUCAUUUUUGUGUGGGAGCUUUAGUGCUAGAAGAAACUCGAGUUCAAAGAAUGCCCAGCCAGCAUGCCGCAGACAAACACAGUAGUACAUUUGCCACACUUUCGGCCAUCGUUGCCAUCAGCAUCAUCGCAUCAGUCAUCCGGGUCCCGGUGGCUUUGGCGCUCCCAACCAACUCGGAACCGGCCAAGGAAGGAAUAGUGUACCAGAAAUGCACCGGACCUGGCGAGCCCGGACCUUGCCAGGGCUUUGGCUAUCGGUACCGCUUUGAGCAGACAACGAACAAUUGUACGCAGUUUAUCUGGGGUGGCUGCGGAGGCAAUCUGCAGAAUAAUUUCGAAUCCUAUGAACAAUGCAUGCAGCAAUGCGCUAACGAAACACAAACGCAGCCACCGGUGCAACCGUUGACGACGACCAGCAGCAGCUCGACGACGUCGGUCCGUACGCAAACACAGGAAACCGCCCUGCAGCAGUACUCCUCCAGCAGCACGGUGGCACCGGUCCCGGACGAGCUGCGAGGCUCGGAACUAACCUUCAAGGAAACCGGCUACGAGAAAACGUUCAUGUUUGCCAAGAAUAACACGUUCAUCCAGAUGGAUGGGGAAACAAUACAAACAUUUCAAUUAAGAUUAUGCCGUGAAAUAUCAUUCCAAUUUCGCACCCGUCUACCGCACGGUCUGCUGGUGUAUCACAACGUCAAAACCCCAGCCGGCGUGAAGCUCGACCCGUACGCUCUGUACGUCAUCGUGGAGAAGGGCCAGCUCAAAGUGGUGCACGUGUUUGGCAACCACUCGACCAGCGUGACCGUCGGUGAGGGCCUCAACCGGGACGAGUGGCACAGUGUGAUGGUUCGAAUCGACGUUCACGGCGCUCGGCUGAUAGCUCGUGUCGAUAACCACAAGGAGGAAGUCUACCUAAAGGGAUUAAAUCAUGAAACCAACUACGGAGUCUCCAUAAACCUGAUGUCGGUCGUGCUAGUCGGAGGAUUAAGCUCGGAGGAAAAACUGCACGGCGUCAAGUACAUAAUCGAGUCAUUUGUCGGCUGCAUCCGCAACGUGGUCCUGAGCUCCGGGAAGGCCGCCUCUGACCUGCUGCCCAUCACGCCGCUGAUAGCGACCAAACACGAAAACGUAAAGGAAGGCUGCCGCAACAAAUGUCACUCCCGGCAGAACCUGUGCUUCACCGGAUCCCGCUGCAUUAAUCACUACUAUGACAUCUCGUGCGACUGCUUUGGCACCAAAUACGAAGGCGAACAUUGUGAUAUCUAUACCGCAACAGUAUUAACGUUACGAGGCUCCAGCUACGUAUCGUACCGGAUCUACGACUGGAAGGACCGGGUGCACGCGCCCGUCACCCGGAUCAGCAUGAUGUUCAAAACGAACUACGAUGAUUCGGCGCUAUUCUACGCCAGCGGAGAAUCACUCAAACCGCAAUAUAUUGCCGUUUCGGUGAAAAACCACUCGGCCUACAUCGAGAUGGACUUUGGCGAUGGCGUUAUGACGGCCGUGCUCGGGCAGGACCUCACCAAACACUACUGGCACAAUCUAACUAUUUUUCACGAUCACAACCAGGUCAGGGCCGUGCUGGAUGACCACAUGAAGAUUAUAGAGAUUCCGGGGGAAAUUCACAAUCUGCUGUUUGAUCCGGAAAUCUACUUCGGCGGUGGCCCGAAUCUUUCCAAGCGAAAGGGACUGGCGUCGAACAACAACUUUGUCGGCUCUUUGAAGUACGUGUUCUACAAUGACGUGUCCGUUCUGUUCGAGCUGAAGAAGGGUAAUCCCAAGGUGCACUACAUCGGCGUCCUGCAGGAGGAAUUCCACGAAACGGAAGUGGAUGUUAUUCCAAUCACAUUCUCGUACGCCAAAUCCCACAUCUGGUGGCCGAUGAGCAACGAGGAUGUUCUUAAUUUGAAAUUUGAUUUCAAGAGCAGCAAGGCAACGGCCGUGCUGGCCUACAGCGAAGUGCGGACCAGUGAAGGUCACGGCUUUUGGGAGAUAAGGCUCGCCACCGACCGGCUGAGCUUCGACCUGUGUCCGGACGUGACCAGCAACAUCACCCACACCACCUACAUCCGGAUCGACAAUCCGACCUCCUGGCACGCGAUCCAUCUGACGUACGAGCGGAACGAGAUUAAAUUUGUGGUCGACUUUCGGCACGCCGUCACGCAGAUGUACGGCCUCUCGUUCAACGUCGGCGAUAAGCUCAUCAUCGGAAGCAGUCUGAAAGCGGCCGCAUCCGGUUUGGUCGGCUGCCUGCGGGAUCUGAAGAUAAAUGGGGUGGAAAUCGAGCCGAGGUUUCUGGUCAAGAGCGAACGGGUGGUCGGUGAUGUCUCACUCGAUAACUGCAAAUACGUCGACCCGUGCAAGAAACCGAAUACCUGCGAGCACGGUGGAAAGUGUUCGGUCAAAGACGAUGGCAUUAUUUGUGACUGCAAGGAUACCGGUUAUAUUGGGAAAAAUUGCCACUUCACCAAUUUCCGCAAGACGUGUGAGGAGCUUGCGCUGCUCGGGUAUUCCAAAUCGGACGUUUACUCCAUCGACAUCGACGGGAACGGUGUGUUCCCGCCGGCUCGGGUCAAGUGCGACUUUCAGAGUUUAGCGAAUGCCACCAAGACGAUUGUUGAGCACAAUUUACCGUCGCAGGUGGAUGUGCGGUCGUACGAUGAUGAGGAUUUUAGCUUCAAUAUCCAGUAUAGAGAGUUUAGUGCUGAAAUGUUGCAGGAAUUGAUCUCCCACUCGUUGUACUGCACUCAGUACAUCAAGUACGACUGCAUCAAAGCCCCACUGGAACUGCACUCGGCAACGUGGUUUAAAUCCUCGAACAACAAUAAUACGGUCGAUUCGCUUGGAGAGGUUAAAAGAGGAACCUGUCCGUGUGCGCUGAAUCGGAACUGUGAAGAUCCCAACAGUAGCUGUAAUUGUGAUGCUAGCUUGAAUCGAUGGCUGUCGGAUGAAGGGUACUUCAAGGAGCCACCAAAUUUGGGCAUCACUCAGAUGUAUUUUCUACAGCAGAAAGAACUGCUGGACGAUGAGUCGCAAGGCAGAAUUACGCUCGGACCGCUGGAGUGUGUGGAAACAAACACUCAAAAGUACGUGGUCACAUUUACCACGUCGCAGUCGUAUAUCGAAGUACCGGGCUGGCGCAAGGGAGACAUUGCAUUCUCCUUCCGGACUACGGGCGAGAAAGCGAUCCUGCUGUUCCAGCCUCCGAUUCGGUCCAACUAUCCAUCGUUUAUGGUGGCCCUGACCGGCGACUACCAGCUGACGUUCAAUUUUACCCUCAACACUGGGACGCCCAAAACACUGGUCAUCAACACCAACCGGAAGCUGAACGGAGGCGAGUGGCACAAGAUUUGGAUCGAUUACAACGAGCAUCACGUGCGAUUUAUGAUUAACACCGACACCCGGAUGGUUGACCUACAGCCAGAGGAAGAGUUCGGACCGUUCGAAGGUAGUAUGUUCAUUGGCGGGGCUCCCACAGAAAUCUCCAAAAAGUAUACCGUCAAACAGGGUCUAAUCGGAUGUUUCCGUGGACUCGUAGUAAAUGGUGAAAUUCUGGAUAUUUAUAGCUUUAUGUCGGUGCAUUUAUCGGAAAUCAUAAAAGACUGCAAGCCUUCGUGUGUUCCGAAUCCUUGCAAAAGUGGAGCCUACUGUCGAGAGCUGUGGAGUACCUUUGAGUGCGUUUGCAAAAACCGUUGGGCUCAUUUGGGUCAGCACUGCGAAACAAAUAUCAACGAGGAUGCACUGACAUUUAUCAGCCGCGAGUCGUACCUGAAACGAAACUACAUUAGCGAUGCCGAGGAGCAGCGAGAAGAACGCGAGAAACUUCGCAGCAUAUUAAAUUCCUCGCUGCUAAUAAAUCUCCGCACCUACGACAAGCAUUCGUUCGUCCUGUACGCCAACGAUCACAACAACAAUUUCAUCCAUCUGUACCUGACGGACAACGGCCAGGUGGUGUAUUUGUACAAUUACGGCAACGAUAUCGUCAAUCUGACGCUGGAACACGCAUCGCUAAACAACGGCAAAAGCAUUCAGGUGGCGGUGAUUCGCACCGAAACCAACACCACCCUGUUUGUGAACGAGAAAAACAUCACCGUCGAGCGGGGACAUUCGCUGCUGGAGGAGUACUCGAACAAACCGUGGACCAAUCCGGAAAUGGAGGUUCUCUCACCACACCGGCCACCGGCUCCACCCACCGAAUACUUCCAGUUCAACAUCGGUGGCUUUGAUCCGGCUAACCUGCUCAAGCCAAACCCGGACACGACGGAAGAACUGCAAGGCUACAUCGGCUGUAUCCGGGGACUGAAAAUUGGCGAUAAUUUGAUUUCACUGAAAGAGAUGGCACUGCAGAAUAAUGCACACGUCACCGAGGGCGUACUGAACGAUUGCCAGAUGAAGUGCGAUGCCGAACCGUGCAAAAACGGUGGCAUCUGUACGGAGAACUUUGUCAAGCAGGAAAGCACUUGCAAUUGCGAGCAUACCAGCUUCCUGGGCGAGUUCUGCUCGGACGAAAAAGGAGCAAGUUUUAGCGGAGAAGCGACUCUUCAGCGAAAGUUUGUUCUGGCGGAAAAAGUUGAACAAGUUCGGCUGCAGCUGGCAUUCUCCAGCAACGACAUGCGACGGGCCAACCGGGUGAUGCUGCUGCUGCAGUCCAAAAACGACCGUAGUUACUAUCUGAUGGUGGCCAUCACCCCGGACAAUCAUCUUCAUAUCGAGGAGGACCGGGAGGUCGGCACGUACGAGGCCCGUAUCGAAGGAAACUUCAUGGACGACGCGCGUCAUUCAAUAUUCUACAGCAGAAACGGUGACCGAGCCGCACUGCUGGUGGACCGGCUGGAAAUUCCUAUCAAACAAGUUCAAAGCAAACCGCUGGUGAAAGUGCAGGAUCCGGGUGCAAAUCACGUCCAAGUGGGAGGUGUCAAUACCACAGAUCCCCGCUUUGCAGUGUACAAAAGCUACGAUGGAUGUUUGUCGAAUAUUUUCAUCCAGGUCAACAACGAUACAAUGAAACCGCUGGAGGAGUAUAUGCUGUUUACCAAGAGUGAAGCGGAAAUGAUCCACGUCAUCAAUUCCCAGGGUGUCCGGUCGGCACAGUGCAAACAGUUCGACGUGAUCCCAAAGCUGACACCGUUCAACGAGCCGAUGCUCAACAUGACCUCGAGCAUCGACAAAAACUGGGUGGUGGACGCUCCGGCCCGCGUCCCGUACGUGGCUCCCAGCGUGGGCCCAUCGAAGGAAGAGGAUAAAACGCAGGUCAUAUUCAUUACACUGACCGCCGUAUUCGUGGUCAUUGUCGUGUGCUGUCUGAUCGAAGUGUACCGGUCGGAUCGGGAGUACAAAAAACGACUGGAGCGGGAAACGGACGAGGGCAUUAUCCUAUCGAAAGAACAGGCAGCGAAAAUGCAGCUCGAAUCGGCCAGCGCCACCAAUGCGAAAGGCUUCAAUUAUAAGGCGAUUCCAGUCGACGAUAAAAAAGAAAACGGAAUGGCAAAACCACUAAUAGGAAUUUUGAAGAACGGCAGUGUUACACCGCCAGUUAAUGCUACAGCAAAGGAUCCCGAUUUGACUCCCAGCGAUAAGGACAUCCAACUGUUGAGCGGAAUUAGAGAUAGUCAAUUAAUGGACCACGAACCGCAAUGGGAAUCGCUGGUCGCCGAAGAAUCGGAAGCGCUCGUUAAAUGUCGAGGCGAAUCCGGUGACAACGACGAGGACGACGACGACGAUAGUGAUGAUGAUCAAAAUUCACAAACCGGCCGAGCCGGGGCGACGCCGCUUGCCAAUGGUAACGGAAUGACACCGCACUCGGAUCAGGACGAUACGGACACCGACACCGAGCUGCUCGAUCCACCGGUAAGCAUGACACUGAGAAGCCUUGCACCGUUUAGCUCGAUCAGUGAAGUAACCUUGAACAAGCUGGAUCUUGGCGACUUGCAACUAAAAACCGAUAAGCUAGAUGUAUAGCUAGUAUACCAUUCCUAUCACAUUUGUUUUCUUUUAUUCUAUCUAUCUGUUCCUAAUUUUCUUUUAUCACUGACUUGUACGCAACUUAACACAAUCAAAUCACCAUAAUUGUAUAACAUCAUGAGGCUCAAUGAUUUAGAAUUAGAAAUAAUCAAGCGUUGUGCUGCCAAAUGCUAAACUAGUUAACAUUAAAACCACCAUCAGCGAGAAGAAAACGCAUGCAUAUCAUAAGACAUAGCGUAGAUAUUUAAAAUGAUCUGAAAUCAAUCACAUCAUUUAAAGAGAUUGCCAAUCCCACAGGCAUUGGUAUGCAACCAAAAGUAAAGUACUUAAUCUUUACACUGCACGGAUUGUUGCACGGCACCUACAA